AUGGACUCGAAGCCGGUACCAGAUAUGGACUUCAGAGCCCUUCCAAAGAUUGAGCUCCACGCCCACUUGACAGGCAGCAUAAGCCGGCGCACCCUCCACGACAUCUGGGUCCGCAAGAAGCAGGCCGGCGAGACAGACCUCGCGGACCCUCUUGUCGAGAUGCCGGACGGCAAACAUGACUACAAUCUCACCACCUUCUUCCCCCUUUUCUCUUCCUACAUCUACAACCUCAUAACCGAUCCCGAGACCCUCCGCGUUGCAACCCUCUCGGUCCUGCAGGACUUUCACGCCGACGGCGUGACCUACCUCGAGCUCCGCACCACCCCGCGCUCUCUCCCCUCACCGACCCCGCAGCCUCCCUCUGUCUACGUCUCCACGAUCCUCUCGGCCAUCGCCGCCUUCGAGGCCGCGCACCCGGCGGGCCAGGAAACGAUGAUGCGCACGCGCCUGAUCCUCUCCGUGGAUCGCCGCCACACCUCUGCGCAGGCCCGCGAGACCGUCCUCCUCGCCACCCAGUUCCGCGAGCGGGGCGUCGUCGGCGUCGAUCUCUGCGGCGACCCAGCCGCUCGCGUCCACGGCGUACCGGGCCAGGACGACGUCUCCAUCUUCCGGGACGCCUUCGCCGAGGCAAGUGACCUCGGGCUGGGCGUCACGGUCCACUUCGGCGAGGCCGAGUGCUCGGGCACCCCCGGCGAGCUCGCCGAGAUCCUGUCGUGGGGCCCGCAGCGCCUGGGGCACGUCAUCCACCUCGUCGAGGACGUGAAGCGGGAGAUUGUGGAGCGAAGGAUCGGGCUCGAGCUGUGUCUCAGCUGCAACGUGCACGCGGGCAUGAUCUCGGGCGGGUUCGAGGCGCAUCAUUUCGGGGAGUGGUGGGGCAUGGAAGAGAGCAUGAUAUCUCUCGGCACCGACGAUGUCGGCGUGUUUGGCAGCCCGCUGUCCAACGAGUACAGACUGGUGGCGGAGCACUUCGGGCUCUGCCGUGACGAUGUAUGCGCCCUCGCUCGUCGUGGGAUCGAUUCCAUCUUUGGCGGCGAGGACGAAAAGCAUCGUCUCCGGCGUGUAAUGUGGAAACCUGCGUUGGCCGAGCAGAUCUGA